AUGGCGCAUUACCGGCGCCGCGGCUGCCUGCGCCGUGCCCUCACCAUCGCCGGCGGUGUGUCGGCCGGCCUCCUCCUGCUCGCCGGCGGCCAUACCUACGCCCACGGCCAGCUCUUCUCGCCGGGCUUGCUGCCCCUCGGCCUCGGCGCCGACCGCUCGCCGUCCUUCGCCCCGCCGCCCUUCGCUCUCUCGCCGCUGCCGCCCUACCUCCUCUCAGACUCGGAGGCCGACGCCUCGCCCCCGCAGCCGGAAGCCAACCUCCCGCGGCGCCUUCUGCCCCUCCACCGCACGCCGCCGCCCUUCGCUCUCUCGCCGCUGCGGCCCUACCUCGUCUCAGAUUCAGAGUCCGACGCUGAGCCCCCGCAGCCGGAAACCACCCUCCCGCGGCGCCUUCGGCCCCUCCAUCGCUCGCCGCCGCCCUCACCCUUCCUGGGCUUGGACUCGGAGGCCGAUCGCUCGCACGACGACGCGGACGCAGUCUUGCUCCCGGACUGGGAGGUUCUUGUCCUGACUGACGCUGAGCCUGGCGCCAAGGCGACGUGCGCCUUCCAGGGUGGAGCGUCGUCCCCGGCGAGCGCGCUCGGGAGGCUGCCGGGGUCGGGCCGCCACGCCUACAUCUGCCCAAUGCGUGAGCCUGCCCGGAGCCUCCAGCCGCUCCAAGCGCCCGUGCUGCUCCCCACCUCGGCUUCCUCUGCCGAUUGCCCUGGCCGCGCAUUGCUGAAUUGGACCGGCCGGAUCGCGUUCAGCUCUGCAACACUCGACAGUGGCGAUGUUCUUGUCUUUGCAAAGGGCGUCAACCAUGUUGCUGGCGGUGUCCAAUGCCUGUAUCGCUACUGCGGCGAGACCCAUGCCGUGGUGGCCUCCUUCCCGGCCAUCACGUCCGUACAGCAGGUUACCCGGUGCCCCGCUCCACCGAUCCAUCUGAACUCUAGGAACACAGAGUUCCGUGUCACCGUGGCAGCCACGGGCGAGGAUCCAAUCCCGACACUCGUGACUUAUCGUCCCCGGCAGAGUGAAAGUGGCUCGCUGGUGGCACCGGAAAAGAACCUGAUUUGUGCAUGCACCAUGAUCCACAACGUCUCAAAGUUUCUUCGCGAAUGGGUGCUGUAUCAUGCCGCUAUCGGGGUGGACCACUUCAUCCUGUAUGACAAUGGAAGUAAGGAUGACUUGGCAGAUCAAGUCGCUCAGUUGAGGUCCGCUGGAAUCAAAAUCUCUACCGUGCCUUGGCCAUGGAUCAAAAUGCAGGAAGCCGGCUUCUCCCAUUGUGCUGCAACGCACCAGAGCUCUUGCAGGUGGAUGGCCUUUAUUGACGUCGACGAGUUCGUUUUUUCGCCCAACUGGGAACGAUCUGAGAAACCGUCAAAAUCGAUGCUUGAAGAGAUUGUUCAGGUUGAUCCAGAUGUCGGGCAGGUAUAUCUGUGGUGCUUUGAUUUUGGCCCCUCUGGCCAAACAUCACACCCACAGGAGGGUGUCAUCCAAGGAUACACAUGCCGUCUGAAGAGGUUUCUACGGCACAAAUCGCUGGUUCUGCUUGCUGCAGUGGACCAUUCUUUGGAGAAUGCAAUUCACCACUUCACACUGAAGGCUGGUUUCAAAAGUAUACGGAGCAUGCAGGCACGUGUGAACCAUUAUAAGUACCAGGCGUGGACCGAGUUCAAGCAUAAGUUCAAACGACGAGUGUCCGCCUACGUGGCUGACUGGAGAGAUCCAAUCAACCUUGAGUCCGCUGACCGGGCCCCCGGCUUAGGUGUUGAUGGAGUCGAACCGGUUGAUUGGGCUCAAAGGUAUUGCGACAUCAAGGAUAACCUGCUUCAGAAAUUGAGCUCAAGAUGGUUCGGUAACGGAUUGGGAAGUCCGGGAUCUCAGGAUACUUAG